AUGUCGGCCACGGCGCUGGUGGCAGAAAUGGGCAAUGGAAGACUCAGCGCGGAAGAGGUGGUGGUUGCGUUCUUGAAGAGGGCUGUACUAGGCCACCAACUGCUCAAUUUCGCCAAGGAGUUUAUGGCCGAUGAGGCUAUAGCUCGAGCCAAAGAGCAUGAUGAGUACUAUCGACGCACAGGGAGACUGGUCGGGCCUCUGCAUGGCGUACCAAUUAGCGUGAAGGAACACAUAUCUAUGAAGAACCGAACAUGUAACACGGGAUACGUCGCUUGGGUCGACAAAGUCACCACGGAAGAUUCAUUUCUUCUCCAACUUCUAUCCAAAGCCGGCGCAAUUUUCCAUGUUCGGACUAACCAACCCCAGUCCUUAAUGCACCUGUGCUGCAGCAAUAACAUCACUGGCACAACCUUGAACCCACUCAAUCGGACUCUAAGUCCAGGAGGGUCCUCCGGAGGUGAAGGUGCCUCAAUGGGCUUUAAAUGCGCCCCAGUAGGAAUUGGAACUGAUAUCGGCGGAUCAAUUCGCUGCCCAGCAGCGUUUUGCGGUGUGUACGGCUUCCGUCCUUCCUCAUUGCGGAACCCUGCAACAGGAAUUAAAGUCGCUGCUUCAGGCCAAGAGACAAUCCGAGGCGUGGUGGGCCCGAUGGCUAGUUGCUCAGUUGAGGAUCUAGAGUUGUUCCAGAGAGCUGUAUUGGAGCAAAAGCCUUGGAAUAUUGAGACUUCGCUGAUGCCUGUGCCAUGGAAGAUGGUUACUCCAACGCGGGAUAUGACUGUGGCUAUUAUGUGGGAUGAUGGCUGCGUCCGACCCCAUCCACCUAUCACUCGGGCUUUGAGACAUGCCAAGAACAAGCUGGUAGCAGCAGGCGUGAAAGUCGUAGAAUGGGAGCCGUAUAAGCACCAGCAUGGCUGGGAAAUUAUUUCCGCUCUGUAUUACCCUGACGCUGGCAGCAAGCAACGCGAGGUUCUUGCUGAAUCAGGCGAGCCAGUACGCCCACUAACCGAGUGGGCUCUCUCCUAUAGCCGGAGCACGCCUCUUUCUCACCCUGAGGCAUGGGUUUUGCACGAUCAGCGCGAUGUCUAUAGAGACGAGUACCACGCUCUCCUCAAUCGUCACGGUGUUGACUUUAUUCUCUCGCCGACAUACCCCGGCGCAGCGGCAGUGAUGGGCGAGUCGCAAUAUUGGAAUUAUACUGCGGUUUGGAACUUGGUAGAUCUGCCUUCUGUAGUGUUCCCAUCUGGAAUCACUGUGGAUCCUAAAGUAGAUGUGUUGACUGAGCAGGAUAAGAAGUAUGUUGCCAAAAAUGAGGUUGAUGAGAGGGAGUGGCAUAAGUACCAGGAUCCAGAGAGGUAUGAGGGUGCAUCGGUGGGACUGCAGAUUUCUGGGAGGCGGUUUAAAGAUGAGGAGACCCUAGCGGCAGCCAAGUUAGUAGAGGAGAUUAUCAAAGGAGAGACCUAA